AUGUGUCUUUGCGUUCUGAUUAUUUUUUUUUUUUAUUGCAACAUUAUUUACCAUUUUUGCGAAAGACAAGAGGGGAAAAUGAGCCCACAUAUUGCCCUUUUAUUUAUUUUCUUUUAUCCUACCUUCUUUUUUGCCAUCCACGACGCAGAAGAGCUAACCACAGGCGAUAGCGAAAAGGAACACAGUCUCUAUUUAUCUCCUCACCACAAGCUACGGGACAGGAAGAGAGUAAUGCCGUCGAAAGGGUCCGCUGCGAAUACCACCACGGGAAGCCAGUUGGAAGUAUUUGACUCAAAUUUCAAGUGUCUGUACACGGUGCCGUCCCAUUUGGUGGUCCACACACCCCCGGCACGUUUUAAUAUUUCCCGAUUUGUUAUUUGCCGGAACUACAGGUGCGGUGAGGCGGACUCAUGUAAUAUGGGCGAAAACUGCAAGUUUGUACAUGCGGACGUGGACUAUUCAACGCUGGAGGGACAGCCCAUUCAUGUGAACUACAUUUGGCGUGAUGAGAAGCUUUGCAUUUAUGAGCGGCUGCCUCCCGGGGAUGUUUUGGAAGUGUUGCUGCCGAAUUGCAAGCAUCCUGCAGUGAUGAUCUCAAGUGAGUAUGUCCUUGCGACACGGGGUGCGCGUUCAUUUUCGAAAGGGAGACCACAAACACUUUCGCAUUGUGCACAUUACUACUUCAAUUACCUGUGCAGCCGCGGCGAAGACUGCAGUUUCAUUCACGCAAUUUAUGUUGACCCAACUAUAUCUGAGGUUUGCAAGCGUGCAGCGGGUCGUUCGCACCGCCAGCGUGUACCAGGUGCUUUGAGGUCGUCUGUUGAGAGCGCCGAUAGCGACAGUCAACUCCAGUGUUCUCGUCAACGUAAAAAGUGUGGUGUGCCGCCAGAGAUUCCAGUGACAAUUGAUGCUAGGAACUGCCGUGGCGACGGGGUGAUGGCGCCUACUGUUAAUGCUGAGGGUCUGAAUUCGUGGGCGGGGCUGAACGGCCCUUCAGAAGCAAGCAGCGAGGGACCACGGCACAGCUCAUCAGGUGAGGAGGGAACGCUGGAGCCAUUGGUCGGAUUGAAGUGCCGCGAACCGAAUGGUGUACAAAUGAUUGGUUCCGCCUGUGGGCGGGCUGCUAUGAGGCGUGCUCGUGUUUACCGACACGAUCCUUAUGGCAUUUUCUAG